AUGGCGGCAGGCAUGAAAGGCUUUGAGCAUCACACCAUCAGCCGUGGCAAUGGCUCUGAUGCGAGCAAGUUUGCUUGGUGGAUUGUCGGAGAGCAUCGCGAGCGAGCAAACAGCAUGACGACCGGGCGCCGACAGCAGAAGUGUUCCGCUUCACGGCAGCGCAGCAUCAUCAGCGAGCGACGCAAGCGCCGCCACUUCCACUUCUCACCGUUGAAGCCCAAAUCCACCGCAAAUCGAACGAGACCGAGUCGAUGGCUCCCCACGGACACCGGAAGCGCAAAGCUGCUGGACUCUACCAUCUGCUCCGAAGCAGGGAACCAAGCAGUGAAGAAGGACACAGAACAGGCGGAGGAUCAUGGCUCUUGAGAAAAACCAGACGACCACAGGACCUCCUCGCAGAAGCCAUGGCAUCGGUGGUGAGGAAGGCCACAGGAAGACGGAUACCAAGCGAGCCGACGGAGAGCGAAGCACCACAAGCAAUGUGUGGACGUGAGAACCGGACAGUCGAGCUUGGUAAACGACCGCAUCGAAUUGCUUGUCGAUUGGCCGAAGAGACGGUGAGCCGGGCAACUGCUGCUUGAUCGAGCCACAAAGCUCUUGGGAAGACGACGGGCUUUUUGCGUCUUCGAACCACGCAGCAGGGCCUUUGACGAGCUGGACCGGACAAGACAAGCUGCCGGCCUUGGACUGGAACCCCGAU